CGGGAGUGUCUUGGAAGCGCUUGUGCGUGGAGCGGAGCCAAGCCAGCGGCUUUUCAUCCAGCGGCAUUGGCAGCCGGUGCUCCUUGCGCUGAGUAAGAGGUAGAAGGAGCAUGCAAUGGAUUACCGGGAAUCUGCUUUUAGAUGAAGGCUGAAGACUGGAAGAUCGUAAGCAAAAGGUGAAGAGCAAGCAGUGGCAGAAGUAGGACCUGACGAUCACAUGGGUUCCCCGUGCUUGAGAAGAUCCCUACUGAAAGGAUCCAGAAGACAUAGUGAGAAAACAGAAAUAUUAACCUUGCUUUUGAUAAUAUUAAGAAGCAAAACAGAGGUGAGAACUCAGUAGGCUUGCAGAACUGGUCAAGGAAGUAGCCAGAAAAAUCAAAGUCCUGAUUCUUUGUAAUGGAUUGCAUUAUGUAUUAAAGGUCUCAUACCUUUUGGUUUACUGGUGUAGUUGCCAUGUGAUACUUGUGUUUAGGAAAAGUACAUCAUGUGUAAGUAAGAGAAGAAAUAGCAGUAGCUGGACAGACCAGUGAGAUUUGGGUGAGCCUGUUCAUGAGUGCUUGGAGAUGGACGCAAAACAAAAAGUUGAUUUUCAAACGUGAUUUAUUUAGAAACAAAAGAUCUAUUAAAGGACAGUAAGGCUAAUACUUACCAAUAAAUGUAUCAAAUGCAAAAGUUAGGAUAAAUCUAUCAAUCCAUGAAUAAGAAGAAGUUUAUAAAAGUGAUCAACACUUAGAAGACCAGUACCUACAGGAUCCCUGAUUAAGGUGAUCUUGAAUCAAGCCAGAUUUUACUGGAAACCUCAAUAUUACAAAUAUCACUUCAUGCUACAUUAACUAGACUAGGGUAAUUUGUAAAAUUGUUCAACCAAGGGCGGGCGCAUGCGCUAGACUGGUGAAUUAAGCAAAAGGAUGGAGCAAAAGAAGAACUGCUCAUUUUCCUUUUGCUACCUUUCUCUGCAUGAAGACUGCAGAUAAUUUUUGCAUUCUCCCAUUGCUAGCUUAUCCAGCUCAUUUUGCGGGACUUGCCUGACAGGAGGAAAACAGUGCUAAAUUCAUUUGGCCACUGUAAUUUUUUUCCAGUUUUCUAUUCUUGUUGAUUUGCAAAGUCUCAGUUGACUGAGUUAUGAGUUGUUUGUCCAACAGCGCCUUUGUUCUGGUCUGUGCUUCAGCAAAAACUGGAAAAACCUGUUCACUUUCUCCUUCUUUUUUUUUUUUUUUUAAUCUUCCUCUCCCAUUGGUAGCUGCAGCUUGUACUCAUGCAGGCAAGGUGGUGCCUACCUUUCAUGUGGAAAGCUGUCUUACAAAAACUGAGGUUGCGUUUUCCAGAGCUUUUCUAACCUCAUGAAGUCUUUGGUGGAUGCUCCAGGACUUAAACUCCAUUUGUUCUCCACAGACUGUAUUUCGGUAAUUAUUUUCUUUUUCUUCAAGCAAAGUGUUUGAUCGUGUCUCCAGUCAAGCCUUUUAAAUAAUAAUUUGUACAAUCUGGGAGAUCUGCAGAAACCAGUCUUGUAAAAUGUAGCUUUUUGGACACAGAAGAUUGUCUGCUUUACAGCAGUCGCAUAUAGUGUGAUGUUAGCUUCUGUAAGACAGAACAAACACUGAGGAAGCUAGCUAGUGCAAAAAGUGGACAAGUUGAGAAGAAACUUUUCUUUCCGUCUCCUUAGUUUUCUUCUUGUUUGGUGCUGCUGUCGGAACAAGAAUGGGUCAACUAUGUGGACGAUGCAUGCAGCUGCUGCGGGACUUCGUAGCCUUUGUUCAGAGGAUGUCCUCUGAUUUGGUGCACAGUGUCAAGGAGUGCUUGAUUCUAAUAAGCAAAUGCUCCUGCUUAAAACAAAACAGCUCUAAAAACAGACAGCUGUACAAGCCCAUCCUACAGCCCCAUGAGAGGGUGACAGCACAGGAGUUUCUGCAGCACAUUGAAACCGGUUUUGAAAUGUCACCCCUUGGAAAGGACCCCCUGGAGGCCUUGAGGACCUUAGCCUUUUCAGAAAACCCAGGUUUACAGCAGUCAGCUGCCCUCUAUUACCUGCAUAUGAGUCAGCACAUGAACAUCCCCCUACCUGUGGAGCAUCUGGAACCCUUCUAUGCCUUACUACGGUCUGCGGACCUGGAGGUGCAGCAGAUGUCUUCCUUGUCCCUUGUCAACUUCUUGCUGGAAGGACAUAAGUCCAACCGAGAGGCUAUUGGUGCUGCUCGAGGAGUUACACCCCUACUGUCUCUUGCCAAGUCCUAUGAUCCCAGAGUCCAACAAAAUGCAGUUGGUGCUAUUCUCAACCUCACACAAUCAGAGAAAAUCCAACAGGUCCUAUGCAAGGAAGGAGCCCUACCACUUCUUGCCUUGCUGCUGGAAUCUCCUGACUCAGAAGUGCAGUAUUACAGCUGUGCUGCCCUAAGCAACGUGGCAGCCAACAUUCAGCACCACAAAGCCUUGCUGAGACCCGGUGACAGAUUCCUGCUACGGACACUCAUCUCUCUCCUAUCCUCUUCUGUGGACAAGGUUUCAAGCCAGGCAUGUGUUUGCCUAAGAAAUUUGGCUGUCAGUGCGGACAUCCAGGCCGAGAUGGUUGCUGAGAAUGUCCUGUCCAAGCUGUGCUCUCUCCUGGCAUCUGGCAGCGAGGACGUGAGGCGUGCCUCCAUUGCUCUGCUCUGGAUACUGUCCCAGCACCUGCACAACCAGGACACUCUGGCAUGUGCUGAGCUACUGCAGAGCCUGGGGAUGUUACUGUUGGUGCAUAAAACAGACCCUGUGAUUGUUGGACAUACUGCUUGUAUCAUCAAAAACCUGAGCCUUUCCAAAAACAGACAGAGAAUCAUGGAGAGCCGGUGUAUUGAAGGUCUCCUCCAGACCAUGCUUUCUAUCAACGCUCAAGAGGACUCCCUUCGUUACGUGACAUCUUGCCUUGCUGAACUUGCAAAGCAAGAAGGAGCCACACUACACAUGGUCCAAUGGAUGGAUGAACAUUUGACAAAGUGCUUGGUGAGACUGGCUGGCCAACUGGAACACACUGAGUCAUCCUUUCAAGCUGCCUCCAUCAUCCAGCACAUGAUAGGUCACGAAAAAAUGAUGCUUUUAUGGAAGCAUCACAUUGGAGAGAUUCAAGCGUACCUCAGGAAUUUUCUUACCCACCGAGAGAUCCGGUUUCAGCAGCUGGGCAUCUCCACAUUCUGCAGACUACGGAAAGAUCCAGAAUUUUCAUUAGCAUUCAGAAAAAGCCAAAUGGCCAAACUCCUUGAGCAAGUCCGUCAACAAACAGAAGAAACUCAAGAGCUCCUUAAGGCAGCUAUUUGCCAUGAAGACAGUUAAGCCAAAUGGCUUAUGAAAACUUAUCACAUCCAAGAGUCUGAACUUUCAGAGAAAACAACUCUUUUCAUUGAUUCCUGUAGUUAAAAGUUUUCCUGCUACUUGCAGUUUCAUCAUACACAAGAGAGGUUCUGAUAACAAGAACUGGAGCACGUCAAAAACCAAUUCCUUGAACAUUUUGGUUGGCCGCUUAAGUGUGCCUGAGGACAAGACUGUGGUCCUUUCCAAAUGGGGUGUGAAAAACACCCGUUAUGCUUGGUUAAUCCUCCAUGGUUUGUUUUUGGUUUCCUCACCACCACCCCCCUUCAAAAAAAAAGCACUGUAUUCAUGAGGUUUUCUUCAUAUAAUAGGCCAAUGCCACUGAAGAGGCAUCUCAAGUAUGCGGGUUACUCUGCAUUCAUCUUUAUUUUGUUUCUGUUCCAUGCCCCUUAUUUCAGAGCCCACUCCAGGGUCUUUGAAAAAUAACUGAAUUAACCCACAGUAUAAAAGUAGAAAACUACUAACAGGUUACUACAGAAAGUAAGUGAUGAGGGACAGUUCAGAAAUCACAAGAAAUUUGUAAGAGACAAGAAUGGGGCAAGCCUUCCGUCUGAUCCUUGUCCACACUAUAGACACUACUCUCCAGCAGAGGAGCAAAGGCACAUUUAAGGCAAGUAAAAUGUUGCACAGAGCACGUAUACAAUACAGUAGCAACCAUGAAUUAUUUGGGUGACAUGUGUUUGAAUACAGAAAUCUGUGUUCUGCAAAUGUUAAAUUAUUUCCAAAGGUACUUGCAACAGGGAAAAAGUAACAAUAUUUGGUAAAAUUAGGAAUUUUUCUUGUACUUGGAUGCUGAUACUUCAUUUUAAAAAGGAGUUAAAGAACAAAAAACCUAGUAAUAUGUUUAAAUUCAACUAAUUUUCUUACAUGUAUAGAGAAUAUGGGACAACCUCCCCUUCCUUCUCCUCCAGAGAAGAGGCUCUCUCACAAACUUCUUAGCCAAUCAAAACGGUAUUUUUCAGGAAAAAAAAUGUAGCACAGAGCUUUGAAAUUAUGGGGCACUGUUUUUUUAAUAUAGGUUUUAAUUUGUGAGAGAAUAGUAAUCUAAUAAUCAUAAAAAUAAUAACAACAAAAAUAAUAAUCUAUUAGUAAUCCAAUUCCAUCUUUGAUCAAUACACUAGUUUUUGAAUACAAAAAUCCUCCUGAAGCUUCACGUUGAACUAGCUGGAAUACUGAAAUUCUGGAACCACUCUUAUAGCAAGCAUCUGCUGCUAGAUAGCAGUUUCUUGUGAAAACAUUUCAGAAGUUUCCUGACCGUCGUGGUGUAACCCCAGCUGGCAGCUCAGCCCCACACGGCCACUUGUUCACUCCCCCUAAAAGUGAGAAGACUUGUGGGUUGACAUAAAGACAGUUCGACAGGGAAAGCAAAAGCCAGGCACACAAGCAAAGCUCUGCUUGUGUGUCCACUUCCCAUGGGCCAGGCAGGUGUUCAGCCAUCUCCAGGAAAGCUGAGCUCCCUCAUGUGUAAUGGUCACUUGGGAAGACACACACCAUAACUCCGAAUACCCUCCCUUUCCUCCUCCUUCCCCUACCUUUAUAUGCUCAGCAUGACAAUGUACGGUUUGGAAUGUCCCUUUGGUCAGCUGGGAUCAGCUGUCCCAGCUGUGCCCGCUCCCAACUUUUUGUGCACCCCCAGCCUCCUUGCUGGUGGGGUGGUGUGAGAGGCUGACUCUGUGCAAGUGCUGCUCAGCAGUAACUAAAACACAUUGUUAUCAACACUAUGUUCAGCACAAAUCCAAAACACAGCCCCCCCCAGCUACUGUGAAGAAAACUAACUCUACCCCAGCCAAAAGCAGCACGCUGUCUUUUGAGGUACUCCUGAUCAUGUUAUAACUCUUAUGUGCACGUAGAGCUUUAGAACUGCUAUUGGCUACAAACACGGAAUAAAAGUGAGAGUAAAAAAAAGUUUAAAAAAUCAUUUUGUCAAUUAAGAGCUCAGUGUUGCAUUUUAAUGUGGCCCAAAUCUCUAAGCUUAAUUUUGGUGCUUUGGGGAAACAUUUUUGAUAAUGAUACCUUUUAAUAUCUGCAAGUUUUUUCCAACAGUACUCAUUGGAAAACAAACAAACAAACAAACAAACCCACCUAAAACCAAACCAAACAAACUCCACACUCAAAAUCCUCUCUGCAGUGCAGUAAGAGGGCCUGGUAAAGUACGGGGCAGACAGAAACCUCAGAUAAAGCAAUAUGGCAUUUUCAAUAUUCAUGUGUGACAGAAAUUUUGGUUUGAAAUCACAUAUGAAAAACCAUGUGCUCUACUUUGGCCAGGCAGACUCACUGAAACAGAGGACUAACUGAAUGACACAGCUAGGAACAAAAUCCCAAAAUCUCAAAACUUAGACCACCUCUGUGGGUGACUUUAGAUGAGUUUCCAAAAAGAAGAUCAGUGCAAUAUUAAGUAAUUAUAUCAGAAUCUGUCCUGUAUCUGUAUUCUUGGGUAUUUAAUCACAAACAUUAUUUCAAAGUCUUAGCAAGAAAAAAAAUAACAAAGCAUUCUUCAUCAGGAAUGAGGAGAUAAAAGAUGUGAAACAAGCAAAGCUAAUGGUGAACAACCCACCAGUUGUGAUGUACUGAACUACACUCAUUUAUGUUGUGCUGUUAAGAUGUGAGCAAGGAGCUGAGUCUUUCCAAAGCACAUAGCUCACUGCUGUGAAAGGUUACUACUCUGUACCUUCAGUAUAGCUGUCUGCAACUUCUACAAUUGCUAGUUCUGCCUCACUGAGUAGUUCAGUUCUGCCUCUGAUAGUACAGACAACAAAAUCAGUGGCAAUAGAAGGGAAAGGAGCUGGCCUUCACUCGAUACUAUAUUUUAUUGUCAAGAACAACACUCAACAAAGAGAAACUAUUUUCCCCUUCAUUUAAAGAAAGAGAAUUAACCAAAAGACUUAAAAAUUCAGUAUUCGAUCUUUUUUUUUUAAACUGAUACACCUAAUUCUACUUGCAAUUUCUCAGUCUUUGUUUUGUUGUUAGGCCCUUGAAACAGAGGAAAUUCUCUCUCUCAUUUGAAGCAAACCUGGACUGAAUGUAGUGAUAAAUUGUUAAAAAAAUAAUCAAACCAAAAAAAGCAAAGUACAGAUGAGAAAUGAAGCAGGGCCUUAAUCUGUGCUGCAAACAGUGAAGCAAGUGUUCUGAAGCCUCACAAAAAACAGAUCAGCAAAAUAUAGACCCAAGCUGAAAUAGCUCAAGAUCAACAUAAUUUAAACCUGAGCCUAAAUGAAUCCCCAGACUUAAAACUGAAGCCAAACCUUACUGGCUAUUUUUCGUUCUGUUUGUAGCUGCAAGUGACUUUGUACUGAUUUUCUAUUUAAAAAAUUAGAUGAAACCUGAAGCAAAUUCUAAGCAGACCAGGAGUAGCAAGAAGAGUUUUCCACCAGAGAUUGACUCCUGCUUCAGCUAUGCAAGAAAAUGAAAAUAUAAGUAGAAAUAAAUAUU